UCCUCCUCUUUAGUCUCUCCCUGCUUUUCUCAGUUUCCACCGCCUCAACCUCUCAGAAGCAGGAGAGAUUCUAUACCUUCGCCUCCGAAAAAUUCUAAUGCCUUCAUUAGCUUUAUCCGACAUGAAAGAGGAGAAGAAGAUGAAGAAGAAGAUAGCCUUGGAAGCCACCCCAGAGCAGGAUUCCAAGAAGGGGAAGAAGGAGGCGAAGCUGAAACUCUCCGAUUCUGAUGGAGAUGAGUCUGAGAAGAAGAAGAGUAAGAAGAAGGAGAAGAAGCGCAAGGCUGCGGAUGUAGAUGAAUCGGAGGGGGCGAAGAGCGAUUCAAGCUCGGAGUUGGUGGAGCCGGAGACUUCCAAGUCGGAGAAGAAGAAGAGCAGCAAGAAGGUGAAGCUGGGUGUAGAGGAUGUCGAGGUCGAUAACCCCAACGCCGUUUCCAGGUUUCGGAUUUCAGCUCCGUUGAGGGAGAAGCUGAAGCAGAAGGGUAUCGAAGCCCUUUUCCCGAUUCAGGCGAUGACUUUUGAUAUGGUUCUCGAUGGUGCUGAUUUAGUUGGACGCGCUCGCACUGGUCAGGGUAAAACAUUGGCUUUCGUGUUGCCUAUAUUGGAAUCAUUGAUCAAUGGACCUGCUCAAAGCAAGAGGAAGAAUGGAUACGGCAGGCCACCAAGUGUUUUGGUACUUUUACCCACCAGAGAAUUGGCCAAGCAGGUGUUUGCUGACUUUGAGGCAUACGGAGGAGCAGUAGGGUUAACUUCGUGCUGUGUCUAUGGAGGUGAUCCCUACCAACCUCAGGAGUAUAAAUUAAAGAGAGGUGUUGACAUUGUAGUUGGGACUCCUGGUCGUAUCAAGGAUCAUAUUGAAAGGCAAAACCUUGAUCUGAGCUAUCUACAAUUCCGUGUUCUUGAUGAAGCUGAUGAAAUGUUGAGAAUGGGAUUUGUUGAUGAUGUUGAACUUAUAUUAGGGAAGGUGGAGGACCCUAAGAAGGUCCAGACGCUUCUCUUCAGUGCUACCUUGCCAUCAUGGGUGCAAAAAAUUGCUGCUAGGUUUCUUAAACCAGAAAAGAAGACUAUUGAUCUUGUUGGUAAUGAUAAAAUGAAGGCCAGUAAUAGUGUUAGACACAUUUGUCUUCCCUGUAGUAAGCAGGCCAUGUCUCGGUUGAUUCCUGAUAUUAUCAGUUGCUAUAGCAGUGGGGGUAAUACCAUAAUUUUCACUGAGACUAAAGAUCAAGCUUCUGAGCUUUCUGGUUUGUUGCCUGGGGCAAGACCUUUGCAUGGUGACAUACAGCAAUCACAACGUGAGGUUACUCUUGCUGGAUUUAGAAAAGGUAAAUUUUCGACAUUGGUUGCUACGAACGUUGCUGCCCGUGGUCUAGAUAUCAAUGACGUGCAGUUAAUUAUCCAGUGUGAGCCUCCACGUGAUGUUGAAGAUUAUAUCCAUCGUUCAGGCCGAACUGGAAGAGCUGGCAACACUGGAAUUGCGGUUAUGCUUUAUGAUUCUAGAAAGUCGGGCAUAUCAAAGAUUGAAAAAGAAGCUGGUAUAAAAUUUGAGCGAAUUUCUGCGCCACAGCCUAGUGAUAUUGCCAAAGCUGUUGGUAUGGAAGCAGCUGAGAAAAUUACACAAGUCUGUGACAGUGUGGUUCCUGCGUUUAUGGCGGCUGCCAAGGAAUUGUUAGAAACUUCGGGAUUAUCAGCAGAAGUACUCCUUGCAAAAGCUCUUGCAAAAACUGCGGGCUUCACUGAGAUUAAGAAAAGGUCAGUUCUAACAUCAAUGGAGAACUCUGUCACACUACUUCUUGAAGCAGGCAGACCCAUGUACAGUCCAUCAGCUGCAUUUACUACACUGAGGAGAUUCUUACCGGAAGACAAGGUAAAUUCGAUUGAAGGGUUAACUCUAACAGCAGAUGGACAGGGUGCGGUUUUCGAUGUUGCACAAUCAGACGUGGACCUGUUCAUUGCUGCUGGGCAAAAGAAUGCUGGAAGUGUAAGCUUGGAGGUUGUUAAGGAGUUGCCUAAACUUCAAGAGAGAGAACCAAUGCAAAGAAGAUUUGGAAAUAAUCGGUUUGGUAACAACAGAGGAGGACGCGGUGGCAGAUUUGGCCGUGGUGGUGGUGGUGGUGGUGGUGGUAGAGGCCAGAGAUGGUGAUCACUCUUAUUUAAACCCUUUUAUCUCUGUUUUUCCUUUUUCUUUUUCUAUAAACAACUCCAGGGGAAGCUUCUGUUGUCCUCGCUACCCUAUCAGUUUUGUGUAAUUUGGAUGAUAAUGAUGAUAAAAUUAUUAAUUCAUCUCAC